UUUAGAGUUUUUAUACCUUGGAGGGAAUUUCAUUACUUCAAUUCCACCUGAAUUAGCAAACCUGCCUUCUCUAAGCUACCUAGUUCUGUGUGACAACAAGAUCCAGAGCAUUCCACCUCAGCUGGCACAGCUGCACUCCCUACGUUCCCUGAGCCUGCACAAUAACCUGCUGACUUACCUUCCUCGAGAGAUCCUUAACUUGGUUCACCUGGAAGAGCUGAGCUUGCGAGGGAACCCGCUGGUGGUGCGGUUUGUCCGUGACCUGACCUACAACCCCCCGAGCCUGCAGGAGCUGGCCGGGCGCACGAUUAAAACGCGCAACGUUCCCUACGCGCCCAGCGACCUCCCGGAGAACCUCCUCCGGUACCUCAGCUUGGCCAGCAACUGUCCCAAUCCCAAAUGCGGGGGUGUCUACUUCGACAGCUGCGUCAGACAGAUCAAGUUCGUUGACUUCUGUGGGAAGUACCGCCUCCCGCUGAUGCACUACCUGUGCUCCCCAGAGUGCUCCUCUCCCUGCAGCUCUGCCUCCCAGAGCUCCACUUCCCAGAGCGAGUCCGACUCCGAGGACGAGGCCAGCGUCGCCGCGCGCAGGAUGCAGAAAGUCCUCCUGGGAUAA